AUGGAGAACGAGAACACAGAUCUGACAGCACGGCAGAAGCCAAUGGCAGCCAACUCUCUGCUUUCUGUUUACGAGCAGAAGUUUGAGGCGUUCAAGACCCUCAAGUCAAAGAGAACAGAGCGUUAUGGCUACAACAGCAGUGCUGCACAGCUUAUUAUGUCCCAGAGAGACCCCAAUCGCAUGGUCAACAGCAGAGACGACACAAUGGAGACGUCGUCGUACGUCCUGGGGGACAGCAUCGGCGACUUUAGCGACAGCGAAGACGAGCAGAAAAGUGGGCUUCUGUCGAAGGAGCUGCCUGUCAAGACGGGCGAUCCCAUUCUUAGCGGUAUUUCUGGCUCGUUUCAGUACAGCGCUCGGUCCGUAAGAGCUGCAGAGGCUCCUGAGACGGGUCCGGCCGACCACAGUGAAGACGACGGCGAGCAAGACGAUGAGGAAGAGGAUGAUGAUGAGGGGGAAGAGGAAGAGGAGGAAGAUGAGGAGGAGGAUGAAGAGGAGGAUGAAGAUGAGGACGAAGACGAGCUGGAGUCGCGCAUGAACGAGUAUUCGCCGAGUAUCAUGCCGUCUGGCGUUCAACCGGUCACAGAAGCCACGUCAGGUGAUCCAAACUGGGAGCUAAAUCUGAUCUCGCCAAAUGUCCCAAACCUCAUGUACGACGACUAUAAAAAGGCAGGACAGCUGAGAAAAAUGUCGGAGGAGUCUGUCAAAUCCGUCGCCUCAAACUCUACACAGGCCACUAGAUAUACCAAAGUGGCCUUCAAGUCCCACGGCGAGCCUCUAGCUCCAAAAAACACUCCUUUGAUGUUGCAGAACAUUGCUCCCUCGCCAGUCUCCUAUGCAUGUCCUUUCUACAAUACCAUGGAAUACAAUCCAAACUGUCCAACCAACGAGUCGCUAUUGAUGACUAUUUUAAACCAUGAGAUGGACAACCUUGAUGUCGAGCCAGCUAGCGUGCCUCUCAAAGAGCAGUUUCGUCGCUUCCUUCAUCGUGUGUGGCAUCUGGGAGACAUGAGCGCCAAGGAGUAUUUGGAAAGGUAUCCAUGGGAGCGGUACUAUGAUCUUUCUGGCGAGUUUGUAAACGAUACCGACGACAAAGAAGAGUUCAAUUUUGACAUGAUGCCUCUGAGUGCCAACAUCAACCCGUUCAUUGCCAAGUCCGACUCCAUGAGAAAUAAGAAAUCGCAUGCGUUUGUUGCGAAGAGCGGCGAUGAGUGA